AUGUCAUCCCGCCUCCUCCGCCGCCUCCCCCAAACCCUCCCCCUCAGCACGCCCCUCCGGCGGGCCCCACUCGCCUUCCCCCUCUCCCGCCAGCACUCCACCGGCAGCGGCACCUCCGUCGAUCCCACCGAGAUCUCACACUUUGACGGCCUCGCUUCCACAUGGUGGGACCCGCACGGCUCCUCGCGGCUCCUCCACCUCAUGAACCCGCUGCGCCUGCACUUCAUCCAGACCUGCCUUCUGCGCGGCACCCCCGUUCCGCCGACGCCCAGCGCGCGGGGCACCGAGAGCGUUGGUGCAGACCCCAUUGCGGCUGUGCAGGGCCACCGCGAGAGUGAGGAGGGGGGCUGCGGUAUCUGGAUAUCGGCUGUGGGGGCGGGAUAUUGGCGGAGGCUCUGGCGAGGCUGA